CCUUCACAUUGCGCAUGCUCUUUUCCCGCACUUGGCCUCGCCCUCGCCAGUGCGCACGCUCCGUCCCUCACUGGGCUUCCCUCCUUCGGCCAGGUGGCCCAGGGGGCGGGCGCGCCCGGCCGCGGCGCGAGUUGUGGCGCCGAACGGUUGGGACGCCUUCCGGUCAAGGGCGCGUGCUCCCGGCCCGCGCAGUCGUGGAUGGGGGUCACCGGCCGGUGUCCGCCAAGGGGCACACGAGCGUGCGCGGAACCUGGCGGGUCAGCGGGACGCCGCACCUGCCGCGGCCGGCGUCCCUUCCCGUCGUCCCCUCGGGCCCCUCCUGGCGGCUGCCGGGAUAACCGGCCAAUAACCCGAGUUAACCCCGCUGUCCGAGCUCUGCCUCCUGGCCGGCCCUCCGCGGAACGCCUGGACCCCGGAGCGCACUGUUUUCUCCGGGCCGUUUGGAAGACCUGUUUCUCGGACUCUCUCCACUGCCCGCCGCGGAGCACAGCCCCCUCCGCUGGCCACAAGCGUUUCUGCUCGGCCUUAAUGGUUUCCCACUUGAGAAAGCCCCGGUCCCAACUCUGCGGCCGGAGGCGGUGGGGAAGGGGGAUUUCAGACUGGCGGCGCCGGAGACCCCAGUCCAGAGACUUCCGCCGGUCUGAGUCUCUGUGAUCUUGUGAUGGGUUCUCUCCUUGCUCACACCACUUACCGGAACAAGUUCAGUAGCUCACUAGAAGAGAUCAUACCUUGGACCGCAAGGGAGCCCCCCUUUCCUAGCUCUUAACCCCUGUUACUACGCCCUCCAGCCACAGGGCUGCGUGGUUCAAGAGAGUUACUACUGCAGCAGCGUCUUUGGAGGUGGGGUGUUUUUAUCCUGCAGCGGGAUUGCCCUACAGUGGGACACGGGGGAAACGUUCAUCCCACUCCGCACAGAGUAGCAGCCUGGGGUUUUUGGUGCAAGGGCCAACAGCUCUGUCGCAUCCAGCAUCUGAAGCCAUAGUGUGUUACAGUAUAGUCCAGCGAUCGUUCAUAACGAAGGCCCUGAGUCAUCAGUAAGGAGCCUGCAUUGUGUUCUGUGUACCUUGUUUAAAACAAGAAAAUAGGUUAAUCCAUUUUACAAAGAUUUCUUGUUGACAAUUAUUUUUAAAACUUUUCCCCCCGGUGCUUGGAGUAAAUUCCUUGUUCAUCCUUAAUGACUAACAGUCAUUGCAUUUAAAUUUAAGUAUCCCUAAGUAUUGCUGUUCAAAGGAAAGGAGAAAUUUGGGGCAUUGGUUUACCUGGAAAGGUUAUAACCCUUGCCCUCGAGGAAUUUAUAGUGUUUAAGGCAGGGGGUAUUAGGUGUGUAACACAAAGGCCACAUUACUGAGGGAGUCUCUGGGUGAAGAGGCCAUUGAAGGGACCAUUUUAAAUGUUCCCAAAGCUAAUGGGGAUGGAAGAGCAAAUUCUUGAGCUGUUCUUGAGCAAGGUCUGACAGGUGGUAGUGACAGGCCAGAAGGAAAAAGAAGAGUUUGGUAGCACACCAAACUGAAUAGGGAACGUGUGAGGACAAGCAGAUAUGGGGGUGUGGGUCAUACCUACCAUCCUGGUCGUGUGGUAUAUCCUGUGAUGGAAGUCUUCCUUGGGCACCUGAGAGGCUGGAUGGAGUUCCAAGGAGAAGUCCAAGCAGAGACACAGAUUUCAAAGUGAUUAUCCAAUGGUAAACUAAAGCCACAAGAACUUACAAAGCAAAGAAAGCUGCCACGUGCUGAGCUCUAGCAGAUGCUGGAGCAAUAUAAGGCCCAUGUUCGAGAGAGGAAGUUUCCGAUCGACUUGACUUCGGUUGUGUGCCUACCCCUGCACAAGGGACAGCAGGCCUCAGACUGUCCCUGGGAGUGCAUGCGGUUCUUCCAAAGCCAAACCAAGGGGCCUCCCACAGCAGGAGGAGUGGUGGCUGGAGGCAGCCAGGCCCAGAGAGGCUCUACUGGACCUGGACUGAGUUACAGUGGAGCUGUUCAGCUGGGGGUGCAGAGAACACGCCUUCAACCAAAAUCAGACCUUCUCUAGAGACUGAAAAUGUGGGGAACUGGAAUCCAAGGGAGUGAGUGACAUUACUCUCUUGAAGGAUCAGAUAAGCAAGGCUGGCUUUGAAAUGUGAGGAGCUUCAGAAGUUUCUGGAUAUCUCCAUUGUCCCAGAGAGACAACAUGAGAUAGAAACAAUUCAGGAAGAGUUUGGGAAGAUAUUUGUGUGCGGGGAUCCAAGUGUUUUAUUUUUUAGAGAGAGAAGAGGGAGGGAGAGAAACAUCAUUCAGUUGUCACUUGCACACCCCUGACCGAGGACCUGACCUGCAACACAAGCAUGUGCCCUGAACUGGAUUUGGACUAUUGACCUUAAUGUUUGCAGGCCAGCACGCCAAUCUACUGAGCCACACCAGCCAGGGCCAUACCUAUUUUUACAGAUAACCCGAGCAAUGGAGGGAUUACAGCAUUACAUCAACCCAGCACACGCCAUUUCUCUCCUGAGCGCUCUCAACGAGGAGCGCCUCAAAGGGCAGUUGUGUGAUGUGCUUCUGAUUGUUGGAGACCAGAAAUUUCGAGCUCAUAAAAAUGUCUUGGCUGCUAGCAGUGAAUACUUUCAUAGUUUAUUCACAAAUAAGGAGAAUGAGUCACAAACUGUAUUUCAGCUUGACUUUUGUGAACCGGAUGCUUUUGAUAACGUUUUGAACUACAUUUAUUCCUCAUCCUUGUUUGUUGAGAAAGGCAGCCUUGCUGCUGUGCAAGAACUAGGCUAUAGCCUUGGGAUCUCCUUUCUGACUAACAUCGUCUCUAAAACACCUCAAGCCCCCUUUCCAAUGUGUCCCAACAGGAAAAAAUUCAUAGAGCAUGAUGAAAACAGUUCUCAAAAGAGAAGUGUCAUUGUCUGUCAAAGCAGGAAUGAAGCACAAGGAAAAACUGUUAGUCCGAGUCCACCCGAUCUAAGCCAUACCUCUCGGCCUUCCCCGAGCACUGCAGUCAAGGCCAAUACCAGUAAGCCCCAUGUCUCCAAACCCAUUGAGCCACUUCACAACUUGUCACUGACUGAGAAGAGUUGGCCAAAAGAUGGUUCAGUGGGCUACACAAAGCCUCUCGAACGUUCUGGAUCCCUGGAUGACACCAACAGAAGCAGUCUGGUGAAAAGGAACGCGGCCCUGCCUUCCACACCGCUACAAGACAGGCAGGCAGUGGACGAUAAACCAGGUGGGAGCAGUCAGCUUUCCAAGGGGAAGGCUAUAGAGCUGGCUCUGAAAAGGCCACGGCCACCUGUUCUGUCUCUUCGAAGCUCGUCAGAGACCCCUUACCUACUGAAAGAAACUAACAGAGGAAGCGGCACAGGCGAGGACAGAAACUUGUUGUACUAUUCAAAGUUAGGCUUGGUGAUCCCGUCCGGUGGGUCUGCUUCUGCAAACCAAAGCAUUGACAGAAGCGGCCCACUUGUUAAGAGUCUCCUGCGGCGGUCACUGUCAAUGGAUAGCCAGGUUCCUGUCUACUCCCCAUCCAUAGAUUUGAAACCUCCCCAGGGCUCAUCUGCAGUGUCCAGUGAUGCGCCUGGGACUGUCUUCUGCGCUGCAUCUCAAAAGUCAUCUUUAAAAGAGGGUGGUGAAAAACCACCUCUGGAUGACGAGACUCCACAGCCACACCGUCUCAGGUCCUUCAGUGCUUCUCAGACCACGGAGAGGGAGGGUGUCCCCCCUGUCUCCGAGGUUCGCAUCAAGACGGAGCCCUGCAGCCCACUGGCAGAUCCCUCCGACAUCAUUCGGGUCACCGUGGGGGAUGCUGCUGCAGUGGCGUCUGGCACGAGAGACCAUUCCCUGAAAACAGAAGAUGAUCAAAAAGACAUGAGCAGACUCCCAGCCAAAAGGAGGUUCCAAGCGGACCGCAGACUGCCGCUGAAGAAGUUAAAGGUGGAUGAGCAUGGCGCUCUGGUGUCAGAAGAUAACCUUGAGGAAGGCUCCAGUCCCACUCUCAUUGCAGAUUUUCCAGAUUCUGACUUGAAUAAAGAUGAAUUUGGUGAGUUGGAGGGAACAAGACCAAACAAAAAAUUUAAAUGCAAACAUUGCCUUAAGAUCUUUAGAUCAACAGCAGGUCUUCACCGGCACAUUAACAUGUACCACAACCCAGAAAAGCCCUAUGCCUGUGACAUCUGUCACAAGCGGUUUCACACAAACUUCAAGGUGUGGACCCACUGUCAGACCCAGCACGGCAUAGUGAAGAAUCCAUCACCAGCCUCUAGUUCACAUGCCGUUCUGGAUGAAAAAUUCCAAAGAAAGUUGAUUGACAUAGUGAGAGAGAGAGAGAUUAAGAAGGCCCUGAUCAUUAAGUUGAGGCGCAGCAAGCCUGGCUUUCAGGGGCAGAGUAGUUCCCCAGCUCAAGUCAUCAAGAGGAACUUGAGGUCGCGAGCCAAAGGCGCAUACAUUUGUACUUACUGUGGAAAGGCCUAUCGCUUUCUCUCUCAGUUCAAACAGCACAUAAAGAUGCACCCAGGAGAGAAGCCCCUUGGAGGACACAAGGUCGCUAAGCCGAAAGCGCUCGCUCUUGACGGUCCGGUAGAGAACAAGGAGGUUUUCCAGUGCCGCCUCUGUAACGCUAAGCUCUCUUCUCUCCUAGAGCAAGGCAGCCACGAGCGACUGUGCCGAAACGCCACCGUGUGCCCCUACUGCAGCCUUAGGUUCUUUUCGCCUGAGCUCAAGCACGAGCACGAGAACAAGUGUGAGUACAAAAAGUUGACGUGCCUGGAGUGCAUGCGCACAUUCAAGUCCUCCUUCAGCAUUUGGCGGCACCAAGUUGAAGUCCACAAUCAGAACACCAUGUCUCUAGCUGAAAACUUCUCUUUACCCAUCCUGGACCACAACGGUGAAGUCACUAGCUCUUCUAGGUCCCAGCCCCAGCCUGAGCCUCAGAAAGCAAACCACGUGGUCACAGCAAAAGAUGACAACACAUUUAGUGACUGUUCCGAGCAAGUCAACUUUGAUUCAGAAGAUUCCUCCUGUCUCCCAGAAGACCUUAGCCUUUCGAAGCCACUGAAGAUCCAAGUCAAAGAGGAGCCUUUGGAGGAAGCUGAGGAGGUGGCGCCCGAGGCCAGCGCAGCUCCCAAAGAGGCAGCUCCGAGCAAGGACUCCGGCCUGUGGCCCUGCGAGAAGUGCGGCAAGACGUUCACAGCACACAAGCAGCUGGAGCGGCACCAGGAGCUCUUGUGUUCUGUGAAACCGUUCAUCUGUCAUGUUUGCAACAAAGCUUUUCGUACCAAUUUCCGGCUCUGGAGUCACUUCCAGUCCCAUAUGUCUCCAGCUACAGAGAACUCAGCACAUAAAGAAUCUGAAGUGGGCCCUGUUCCCACAAACUCUCCGUCGCCGCCACCGCUGCCCCCGCCGCCACCGCUGCCCAAGAUCCAGCCCCUAGAGCCUGACAGCCCAACGGGUCUGUCUGAAAACGCGGCUCCCGCCACGGAGAAACUGUUUGUGCCCCAAGAAUCAGACACACUUUUCUACCACGCCCCGCCCCUUUCAGCAAUUACAUUUAAAAGACAGUUUAUGUGUAAACUUUGCCAUAGGACAUUCAAAACUGCAUUCAGUCUUUGGAGCCAUGAACAAACCCACAAUUAAAAGACCUACCCUUUCACCUGUAACAAGAUGGGGGAGGUCUCCGACUUGCGGUCUACAUGGUGAAGUGUGUCAUAUAAGAAGGAAAAUAUUUUUUACAAAAGAAUAAUAAAGGUUGGAAAUUGUUAUGUUGGAAUAUAAGUUUGAGGUAAACUGAUGUUAAUUAGUAAUGUCUUUACCCAAAACUUUACUCCUUUACCUAGGAAAACUAAAAAAUACAGUGCUUCUGACCUUACAGUCACAGGACAUUUUUACUUCAUUAAUGUUGAAAUUUGAUUGCUUUUGGUUGUUUGCAUGUUUCCUCAUUCCAGUGUCAGUAUAAUCUUUUACUGAAGGUGGUUUUGUUUUUUCACUGAUUUGCAGCUAGUAAAAUACUAUUAAAAGAUUUCUGUUUUGAUUAUAUCAGACAUCUAAGUUUUAGUUAAGUCUUAGCCAUGCUCUUAAGUCCAAAACUUAUCAGGAACAAAUGGAGUAGUUUGCAGCAUUAAUUUAGAUCUUUAGAAUACUCUAGCAAUAAAAAAAAUUAUCAACCUCAACUUUAAUAAGUUAUCCUGACACUUGAUAAAAUAUUUGGCAUUUUGAGGUUACGUACAACUUUUUUGUGUGAAAUUUGUGAGAAACUUAAAUCAGCAAUAGUAAUACUUAGAUUUCUCUAAAAUAAAAACUUGGGUCACUUAAUAUAAUUAUUGAUAGAAGAUGGGAAGUGAAAAUGUUAAGAUUUUUGGAGGGCCCCUAGAGUCCAUUUAUGGGGAGCUUCAGUAGCGAUGGGCAUUGUGUCCAAACUGCUGCAUCGUGCUGUGUGCGCAUCGCAGUUUCAAGUUCAGUCCAGCGUCGGACGGACUGAAUGUUGGGUCUCCUCUGGUUUACGGUGCCACAAAUUGAGAAUCAGCAUCUGGGACAAAGAUAACACGGCACUAAUUUUGAAAUUAACAACAUUAGUAUAACAAAUAAGGUCAGGACCUAUAUGUACAGAGUCAGUGUAGCUGCCCUGAAUCCCGUGUUACCAUUCACUUCCAGAGACUUGAAGCAGAGGGAGAAAUCCCACACUGCAGUCUCAUGUGCUUUUUGAAAACAAUAUUUACAAUACACAGUUUCCUACCUCUCUUUCUCGUGAGAAGUUCUGUUAGAAUGUGUUGGCGUUUACUGUGGUAAAACCUGUAGUGGAGUCACCCUGCUUUCCGUCCCUGCUCAGCGUUCCAUAAACAGGUGUGAGAGCACAGUCCAGGGUCCACGGCUGCUUCUCUUUUUUUGGCCCAGAGGGUUUGGGCUUUUUUUUCUACUUUGCAUUUGAAAUUAAAUUGUAAUUGAAAGCCUUUCAGUAGGUGUUAUCCAAAGUUCUAGGAGCUGUUUCAAAAGGUAAAAUUUUUAUUUCACUUGUGGGGGGUAGUUAUAUAAAAGUAGAAAAAUUGAAAUUACAAAUGCCUUUUAAGGUAGUGAUAUGGGUUAAGACUCCCAAGUUUACUUUUUUUUUUACAAACUUUUUUCUCCAAAAAGUCAACUACUGUGACUAAGAAAUAGCUACCUGAGCACUUAAACUGUGUGCUCCAGCAGAACAGAACUGUCCCCGUCUCGGUACCCACAUUCCAUACCAUUGCUGAGAAAGACACACUUAUUUUUUACUUGAAAUACAAGUGUUUUUAUAAAAUACUGAUUUUGUACAUUAUAGAAAUUACAUUGGAAAUUUUCCCUCUUAUUCUUUCAUUUGAAAACUUAAAAGUCCCCAAAUAUUUGUGGUUACUUCCUAUUUCCGUUCUUACCUAAAUUUGAUGGAGAAAAUAAAGUUACAGUGAGUGAUUAUUACCAUCUUUAUAUUUUGUUGAAGAAAUAUGUGCAUUUUGAAGACGACUAAACAUAUGAUUUUAUGUCAAACAUUAGGGUGGAUUACUGUCCAUUGAGUUCAUUCCCUAUGUCAUUUGGUAUUUCUUACUGACACCUUGGUGGCUGUUCACUUCAGAAGUUCCCCUCAGAGUAAUCAUUACUACGACUGUUCAAGUAUCCGUGAUAAUUCCAUGGUAGCAGUGUCUUGGCAUUGUAAAUUUAGUAUCCCAGGACUUGAACCUUUAUUCUACUUUUUUGAGGUUUUUAAAUAAAGUUAAUUAGCAACAAAUAUUUUUGAACUAAAUAUAGGCUCUGCAAAUAUGUUAGAUUUCAGAAGUUACCAGUGGUUUGUCUUGUUAGUUCACUUUUUUGUCUAGGCAAGGAACAUAAGAUUUCAAAUAAAAUUUUGAACCAAAAACAUUUAUAAUGCAGUUCUGGUUUUUCUAUUACUUUUUAUACUGUACCUUAAAAGCAUUAGGCUGAGAGUUUAUUUUGGUGGUUGAAAAAUAAAAUAUGCUUCCAUUUGUGUAACUAUUUUAAAUGUGAAGAAGUGAAAUAAUGAAAGAAGUUAAUUGCUUUAUUCAGCAAACAGAUUUUUAAAAACUUUAUCUCAGACAAAUACUUGGUGUAAGACAACUUGGUCUUUCAUUGCAACUCUUUAGCUAGCAAAUAUAUUCUUGAAAAAGUUUUUUCUGAUUGCAAUUUUCGAAAGUGUAGAAAAUUCACUAUUCCUUGUAAGUAUUCAGGAUGCCUGCUUUUUUACACAGUCAUGGAAAGAAUGUAAGAUGUUUUAAUAUAUUCUUUGUUAAUCUGAGAACUUGUUAUUGAAUCAUUUUCUUCACGUUGGGGAGGGAGGGAGGAAGGAACACCAUAAAACACGUUAUUUUAAGCAAUGGAGGUAACAAGUGGUGCACAUUUUUUUAUAGUAUCUCAAGAUUAACAGAAUAUUUACCUUUAAAACUGGUAGGGUUAGUACGCAUUUAUAAUUUUACCAAAUUACGCAACUAACACUUCAACAGUGAGGUCAUGUGCAUUUGUGGGAAGAUUACGUUCCUGGUUUUCUGCUCUAUUACGGUUCGUAAUAGCCUUCUCUUUAAAGAUAGGCCCCCCGCACAUGACUGGGGGUGCUGUAAUCCACACGCAGCACCCACUGGUGCUGAGAACAGCAGUAAGAACACAGCAUGCCCUCUCACGGAGGCACGGGGUGUUCUCAUCUACAAGCCCACAGGAUAGUGCGUGAGGCAGGAAAUUCAUCUAAAGUCGGCCUUUGUUCCCUCCGAUGUGUGUGUGCACCUGUGCCACUGUGAUCUGGAACUCUAGGAAAUAAAGUUAUUUGAGUUUUCUUACUACAGAAUAAUUAGAUGUCAUUCACAACAAGUUUCUCUAUAAAUUGCACUAAUACCGGAAUAUUACAAGUCAUUUUCAUCAGUUUCUGAUAUCUCAAAUGUUUUUGCAAUAAUUGUAAAAAACAUUGUUUUAAAUAAUACACAUUCUUUAAUAAGCUCUUUAACACUGGUCUUUUUAAGUUUUAAAGAUAGGUUUUUCUCUUGUGGCUUUAGCACUUUAAGAAGUUUGAGGUUUGCCUACUUUUUAGUUUGUUCAGUGUUUCUCGGUGUCCCUGGCUUUGGCACUUUUCCAGGCGGCCAGGAGGAAACUGAGCAGUGAGUUAAUGUCAGGCUUUUAAAAAAUGCCUUUUAGAGACAGUCAUUUGGGAACCAAAGUAUUUUAGUGUAAAUCUGUAAAAUAAUUGAAUUCAGUGCUUUUGGUCAUUUAUUAGUGUUGUCCGGAUUUUCCACAGUUACACUUGGUUGAUACUGAUUUCCAAAAAGUGAUAAUUUCUUAAUUGAGAUUAACUCAAGACUGUUUCAAAACUUUCUUUAAAUGUUUAUUGAUAAAAAGGAAAAAAUGUGGUUUUAUAAUUGUGUAUAUUUUGUUGUUAUCUCUUUAGCAGAAUAAAUCAUUUGGUUUUAUUUAGAAAUAAGCUUUUUUUGGACUGAAGACUCAUAGUCAGAUAGGAUUUCUGUGGAAUGUUAAUCCAUUGCUUAUUUGUAUCCAGUUCUGUUGUCUGUUUACUUUGCUUAAAUCUUGACUAAAAAUGAUGGGAGUCAAUAAAUUUGUACUGUAUUUUGUUUUGA